AUGAAUAUUAAAUAAUUAGCUACAAAUUUCGAUGUUCUAUAUCGAAGAGUAAGUGACAGAAGUAAAGUAACAGAAGUAAUGUUGGGAUAGCUUUUUGAGAGAUCAGAAGCUGAAGAGAAGUAUCACAAAGCAUUAGAGAAAAUAAGUAGUUAAAUGUAAAAUGGAGGAGGAGAUAUUGAUGAUUUAGUGAAAGGAGUGAAAAUAGAUCUAAAUUAAAGGGCCCAAUACUAUAAGGUAUAUGGGUAUUUGUAACUAAGCAAUUCAAUUAAUCGUACAAGCAUGAUGUAGAGUAAGCGAUCAAUGAGCUACGAUAAAUCCAGAGUUAAUUCAAACCUUUAAUUCAAGAUGUAUUAAAAAUGGAUAAAGAAAUCAAAAUUACAUGUGAUAAGUAUGAUCGAUAGAAAGAAAAGACAUUAAGAGCAUCAAAAGAAUAUGAAGAAUCUGCUAUUACAUUAGAAGCAUUUUGUUGGAAUAAAGAAUGCAAUAUGGAGUAGAGAUCAAAAGCAUAACAUAAAUUAAAUUCACAAUUAUAAUAUAAAUAAGAGAAUGAAUCUGCUUUGAGAUUAGCAGCUUCAAUUUAUAAUCAAGCUAUUCAAUCAUAUUGUACUUCUUUAUAGAAUGGGAUUUAAUAGUUAACUACUUAAUAUAACUAGAUUUUUGCAAUUGCUAAAGUAUAAAUAUAUUGAAUUAGGAUAUUGUAAUGAAGAUCUUGGUUUAUGAGAUAUCAAAAACUAGAAAUCUAUAAUAUGAUAGUGAAUAGUUCUUUAAAUAGGCUGAAAUAUAUUAAGAUCCUUAAAAUGAUCCAAUUACUCCAGGACCUUCAAGUUAGAUAGGAAUUUCUAAGGAAAAUUAUAUAAAAGUUAGUUCUCAAUUAAAUUCUUCAUUUUUAAGGAAUAUUGCAGAUUAAAUCUCACUAAAUCACAAAUUGAACAUUAAAAGAGAAACUAUACAAUCCUCUAUCUAAGUUGAAAAUUUAGAUUCUUUUGAUUUGUUUCUUGUAAAUCCUGAAUUUAUUGAUGAUUUAAAAGUAGUAACAAUUAAAUUGAUUGGAAAAGUCAAUAAUAAAAAUAAACCAAAAAAUGCUGAUGAACAACCAGCUGGGAUUCAAUAAAUGGUAAAUAAAUAUAAAGGUCAAUAUGGUGAAUAAUAACUUGUUAAAAUUUAUAGUUUCAUUAAAUAUGUGAUAUAAUCAACUUAAGAAUAAUAAAUUAAAGGUUGGAAGAAUAUACCUGAAUUACAAAGAACAAAUUUAGAUGAAAUAUUUGAUUCAAAAUUUUUUAGAGAAUUAGGAUGCAUCAUACUUGAAUCAUUCCGACAGGCAGGGUAUACUUAUGAUAUAUUUAUUAGUUGUUCAAAUUUAAGUUCAUAUGGAUUCAAAAAUAUGCAUAUAUUCACUCAGAAACUAUUAGAGAUAUCUUAAAAAGAGGGAGAAUUAAUUUUAGUUAAAAGAAUUAUUACUAUGAUUUCAACUAUUUAUACAAUAGAUGAACAUGAGAAAAGAUUUUUCUUAUAGGAUAGUUUAAUAUCAAUGUAAAUUUGGAAACAAAUUGAUUUAUGGGAAGGCUUAAUAUAUACAACAAUUGAGACAGAAAUAGAUAAAUCUGCUACAAUGAAAGAUAAUGUUCAAUUUUAAAAUGAGUAAAUAUUAAAGGAUAAAAAUGUUAUAUACUCUAAUUUAUUGACAUUAACCCUCAAUAUGAUUAAUUUUAAGUAGAAAUAAUUAUUUAAUAAUUUAGAGUAGAUAAAUAAGAGAUAAAAAAUGUAUUAGUGAAGUAUGCAAGAGUAUUUUAGCUAUAUGAUUUAUAGACGUAAGAAUUGAUUAAAUUUGCUGAAAAUGAUGGUAAAAUUGAACCAAAUCAAAAAGUAAAUUCUUUAUCAGUUCUACAAUCAUUAUAUCAUUAGCCAUAAACAAAUUAGAAUUAAUAAGGAAAUAUUGUUUAAAACAAAGUGGUUUUAUUUGAUAAGAAAAAUCCACUGUCUAUUAAUCCUAAUACUCAAGUGUAAAAACCUAGUAGUACUUAAGUUUAUUUUGGUUCUGAUACUGUUCCUAAAGAAGUAAUUUAAUCUUAAUUUUCAUAAAAUAUUACAUAAUAAUAAACAACCAAUGUAUAAUAAUAAGCAAUAACUAUAACUUCAUAAAAUUCAUAAUAAUAAAAGACAUCAUAGAAAUCCCCAACUUUAUAAUAAUAGUAACCAACCUCUCCAAAAAUUUAAUAAUAAUAAUAGGAAUAUGAAUAACCUAAAAUUAGAUAUAAUUAACAUCCUUUAGAAGUACCUAAAGCUAAUUUCUUAAAAAAGUUGCCAUGA